CACCUCCCCGCCCCCCUCCCUCCCUCCCCCCCUUCAUCCCACUCCCGCGUUCUUCUUGAUCCUCGAGGUUGCUGAAAAGUGCCUUUUCUGAAGAAUCUGCUGCUUGGAUUUCUGUCUCUGGCUUUUUUUUUUCUUUUUGGCUUUGCUUAAAGCAGCUCUUGGAGACGACAAAUCAUCUAUCCUUUUCGUUUCGCCGAACGCCUUUUUUUUUCUCCUGGUCUUUUUCACGUCUAACAGCAAGUAUUUUACCCCACUGUUUUUUUUUCUCUUCACUCCAUCUUCAUCUUCCGUCGUCUCACGAUCAGUUAAUGCGCGGUCUUGGGAAUAGGAGAAAGACAGAGAUCUUCACCUCCUUCUCCCCAAGAGAAGUGAAGCUUAACUAUAAAGCGAAGCACCGACAGCAACAUAUGCUACGAGAGAAUUAAUCAAAACCAUUUACUGGAGAGCACGGAAUUCCAUUGACAGGCUGCUGUUACCUUCAAAUAACUUCUUCACUUGGCACAAAAAGUGAUAUUUUUCUGCCAACGCACAUCUAAAGGGGCUAACCCGUUAAUCAAUGCCCACCCAUUUAUGUGAUGAAUUAUUUUUAAUUUAAGAUUUGGCUCUUUGACUGAUGUCAUGUUUCUGCACAACGAUCUGACUAACUGAAAACCUAAGUGCUGAGAAGAAAAAAAGUAUAUUUUUUAACCAAAGGAACGACUUUAUUUGUUAAGUUAUAAUUUUAACUUACUUUUAUACACUUUUUUCUAAAACUGUUACUGUUGUGGGGGUGGGACAGAGAAAAAAAAUAAAGUGAGGGGGAUUUCGUUACCCACAUAUCCUUUCAGUUUCCUAAUAUGGCUGUGAAUGUUUCAAUGAUCCGUGACACAAAAUGGCUGACGUUGGAAGUGUGUCGAGAAUUCCAGAGAGGGACUUGUUCCCGGUCCGACGCGGAAUGCAAGUUUGCCCAUCCUUCACGAAGUUGCCAUGUUGAAAACGGUCGUGUCAUUGCCUGCUUCGAUUCACUGAAGGGGCGUUGCACUCGGGAAAACUGCAAAUAUCUCCAUCCGCCCCCACACUUGAAAACACAGCUGGAAAUCAAUGGACGGAACAACCUGAUCCAGCAGAAGACUGCUGCAGCCAUGCUUGCACAACAAAUGCAGUUCAUGCUGCCAGGCACGCAGCUGCAGCCAAUGACUACAUUUCCUGUAACUCCAUCUUUAGCAACAAAUCAUACAAUGGGUCUUAAUCCCUAUCUGAGUCAUAUGACCCAUGGGAUGGGACUGGUUCCGACAGAACUCCUACCAAACACACCAGUCCUGGUGUCAGGGAAUCCCACAGUUACAGUCCAAGGAAACACAGCUUCACAGAAACUAAUGCGGACAGAUAAGUUGGAGGUUUGCAGGGAGUUUCAGCGUGGAAAUUGCACUCGGGGUGAAAACGAUUGCCGCUAUGCACACCCACUUGAAAUGGCAAUGAUUGAUUCAAAUGAAAACACGGUCACAGUUUGCAUGGAUUAUAUCAAGGGCCGCUGCUCACGGGAAAAGUGCAAGUAUUUUCACCCACCCGCACAUCUGCAAGCCAAAAUAAAGGCCGCUCAGCACCAGGUGAAUCAGACUGCAGCCGCUGCCAUGACUCAGCCAGCUGUCAGAUCAAUGAAGCGGUCCCUCGAGGCAACCUUUGACCUGGCCCUCCAGCCUGGUGCCCUCCAACCUUUACCAAAGAGGCCAGCACUUGAAAAAACCAAUGGUGCCACCACAGUGUUUAACCCCAGUGUUUUCCACUACCAACAGGCUCUAGCUAAUAUGCAGCUGCAACAGCCAACAUUCAUCCCAACAGGCUCAGUGUUGUGCAUGACUCCCACUGCAAGUGUUGGGCAUCAUGUUGAAAUAAUAAACAGCACACUGGUGGAAAACCAGGACAUCUCCUUGGGAAGCUGCACAUGGCCUUUGUGUACAUACUCCCAUCAUCCCCAUGCUACCACCUCCACAGUAAGCCUACCACAGCCUACAUGCUAACCAAAACCAAAAUGAUGGGAAUGUCAAGAAGAAAAAGAAAAAGCACUAUAAAAACAUCAAGUAAAUUUACAUACUCCUGUUAGACACUACUUGUAUGUAGUAGUUAAAUGAGAUAUACUACUGCUUAUAUCUCAUUGCUGUAAUACAUUUAUAAUCAAUUCAUGGUAAUAGUGAUGAGCAUUUUCAAUGUAAGACUGUUGGUUUAAUGUAUAUUAUCAAAUAGAAUUGUUUAUCUGUCUUGAUUUUUAUGUAAGAGUGUUAUCUUAACUGAAUGUUAAGUUUACAUCAGAAUAAAAAAUAGUUUUGAUUUUAAGGAAAUGUCUUUCGUGGAACAGGUUCCCCAAUAGCCUCCUAUUUGAUCGCCAGUUCUCCAAUUUAAUCCUUAUUACAUACAAAAAAUGAAUGUUAAUGAGAAUCAGGGCAAAAACAAUUGAAAUAGAGAGUGAUGAUGAGCUCCAGUCCUUACUGUGUGUCCAGUUUCCAAUUAUGCCUUGUCUAUGUAACAUCGAAUUUUAUAAAACUUAGAGUAUAUCCAGAUUUAACAGACAUGUUUUGUAUAGCAAUAUUUUCUGUGUAAAUAAUGAUGCAUGCUUUACAACACACACUUACACUUGUGAUAUUAGCUGGUUAUGACCAGGAGCCUCUGGGCGUACAGUACUCAACUAUAUAAACACUUAUAGUAGAAAAUUUAAGAUCUUACAAAAAAGGCUGUAGAAGUAUCACUAUCUGUGUAGCUAUAUGAAAAUUAUAUAAUUGACAGAUAUGUGCUGGAGUCAAUCUGUCACACUGGCAGGUUAUUGAUAAUCAUCUCUGAGGAUCUGGAAACAUCUUGAAGAAAAGAUUGAUCUUUCUGUUACUGAGAUGCUUUCUAUUGCAAAUAUUUUCGUCCUGUUUUUUUCCUUCUGAACUGUUCUGAUGGAAUAGGCCUGGCUAUUGGGGAAUGGCCUUGCACAUGUUUCUUUGUUCUCCCAUUUCUAUUGCUGGUCAGAACCUCUUCCUUCACACUGUGUUCCAGUGCCUCAGAGAAAGCCAGGUGAGUGUCACUCAGCUUGAAUUGAAUGUGGUGUAUUGAGGGUAUUAAAGGGACUCUGAUUCAUUGAAGCUAAAUUAACUACUUUGUCCUGUUCCCUCUGUGCUUCACAGGCACAGUAUGGGAUGUGCUUUCUGGCCAUGGUAGACACUAUCACAGACCCAGGUAACAUUGAUAGUGGACAACUGAGGUUCCACAUUGUGUUUGAUGGCAUCGGCUGGAAAGAGACAGCUUUUGAUUACAGAGCAGUAUCUAAGCUAAGAAUAGAAAUAUUCUUGCUCUAAUGGAUACUCAAUAUUCAUUUCUUUAAAUUAGUUGGGCUAAACGCCAGAGCAUUUUGAACUUGACCACAUUAGUGCACUUCAGAUCAGUAAGAGUGCAACUGAUCUCAUCCAGUUGAAGAGUUGAUGAAAAGUGAUAUGGUGUGGCAGCUCAUGUUCUCUCCAUUUGACUCCUUUGCCUGUGAUCUGAAGGCCUGGCUUAAUUUUCUUUUAGUCAGUUACACUAGGCAAUAUUCAAGGCGAUGCCAUUAAAUGCAGCGCACGUUCAGAAUCAUUCCAUUUCUCUUGUGUCAAGCUGUGCAACAUUGUUACAAAUGUACACUUGUAGCUUGACUAGCAUGUGGUGAAUACAGAGAGGAGAUAGGUGACCUCUCUGAACAUGAAGAGAUAUGCAACUGGGAAAGUCCAUUAGCUUCAAUGGAGCAAUCCUUUGGUACUGGCUCAGUACUGCAAACCAUCACACUUCUAGCCUCCCAACUCACUCACCCCACAAUUCCCCAGCCUACAUUGCAGGGUGUCUAGAAUGUAAGUCUGGAAUUUAAGAUAACUUCCCAUUUAAAGUAAAGUCAGAGGUUCCUGCUGAUGAUAAAACAGAUAGAUAUGGAGGUUGUUUAGGGUAGUUCUGUGAGGUGCCUCGGAUGCUUCUGCAUCACUGGCAAAUUAAAAAAUUUAAAAGGGUUAAAAGCAACGAAGCUCAAAGCACUAGUGUCGCCAAAUGCAAUUAUAAACACAGGCAAAAAAUGCCAUUUCUGAAGCCGCACUAAAAGAGACAAUAAUAAAUGUGCAAUGAAUUAUUCCAAAUGAUUUGUUUAAUUGAAAAAUGGAAGUCGUCAGACUAUAAACGUCAUUAGCUCGUGUGCAUUCUUCAUCACAGUCACGUUGACUGAAAGUGACUCUAAAUAAGAAUCUUCUGCAUCAUAGACUCAUUUCUUUGUAUUACAGUGGGGUGGCUGGAGCCUAAUGUGCACCCGCAGUAGAUUUCGCCAGCCAGCACCACCUCAUCCAACAUCUCUUUUUGUAACAUCCACCGUUCUAUUUUCUAUUUCUUUUGUUUAGUUUUUUUUCAGCCUUAUGCAAAUGAUAUGCAAGAAAUCCUGAACCUUGGAUAAAACGGGUCACACUGAGGAAAAGUGGAAUGAAGAGAGUAGAGGACAGAAACAGGGAUUUUUUUUCUAGUCGGGCUGGACAAGUUUAAACUUAACCUUCUGUUCCCAUCACAGCAAAAAGUGCAACACAAAGCUAGGAAAGGAAGGAAUCAAGCACACCAGUGCUGUUUCUGCAAUUGAAAUGAUUAAAUGGCAAAGUCAUUGUUACAGCCACAUGUUCCAUUAACUACACAGGAAUUUGAGUUAAUGUAGGUUGCAGGCUCUGUUAGUGUACCUGACAGGUUUAGAUAGUACUACAUUUCUUCACCCAUGUGUGUUUCACAGUACUGUACGCAGAAAACAGAAAAAUCUUUUGGGAACAAAGUUCCAUCCCUCUCAGAAGGGUCAGCAAGAUAUUCACUUGAUUAACUGUGUGCCUGUAAAAGGGCCUUAGAUGCUAUAAUGGUUUAAAACUGUGUAAUCUAUAGACAUUUGAGCUGACAGCCUAAUCUAAAUGUCAGUACAUUACAACACACCAUGUACUAUCAGUGAUGAGACUGAAGUCUAAACUUUUCAUUUUCUUAACACUGCUGAAGUUUCUCUACGUUGAUUGAUUAGUUUUAGUUACAGACAAUUAGGAAUUAACGAUUAAAAUCUGAGGGAGUGUUAAUAAAAGUUUGGUUUUAACAUUUGUAUUUGAAACCAUUUAUUAAUUCAUUAAAAGUCAUUUAUUUUAUGCUAACCUUCACUGGGAUAUGGUUAAAAAAAGUUUAAUACAAUACAUACCUAGUUUGUGUAGUUUACAUUUUAGAACAAAAUUAACUUUGUAUGUAACUCUUACAAUGAUAGAUUCAUUGUUAACUAAUUAUGAUAUUGAGUUGUUGCUAUGGCAACAAAACUACAACAUGGCUACCUUUGUAUAAAUUAUUUGUGAAUUUUCACUUGUAAUUUUAAAAAAAAUGUACAUCGUCAUGGACUUUAAAAAAAGGUACAGUUAGACACACUCAGGCAAAGAGAAAUGAUAUCCUUUGACUAUUUUGAAUACCCAAAGUUCCACUCAAAACGUACUUGAGACCUGAAUCUGUGUCUGUACGUCCAUUUCUCAGUCAAAGAGGUUUACAACACAUGGAUUUAGAACCGGGUUUUAUACUGAGAUGAAAGCGUGGUACAGUGUUGUAAAAGAAAACAAAACUCUGAAAAAAAUCUGAGAAUGCUGCAGUUUAACUGAUUUGACCUAGUAGUGUACGAUUGUGUGUGACACAUCUUUUUUUUUGCACUUAUGUACAUAGUUAAAAGAAAUAUUCAGAUCUUAUUUUGAAUAAAAAAAAAACAGAACUGUGUUAAAUACAGAAAAGUUUGUUAAGGUAAAUAAGGUCGGCAUUGCUAAAGGCUUUGGAAAAAAUGAGGAAUGGUUUUUGCUAUAAAACUUAUCUGGAAGCAUGAUGGCGCUUUGCUGUUGAGAAAAGCUUUGUAGUUUGCCAUAGCUUUACUGUACAAUGAUUGAGAACAACACACUCAGUUCUAGAGUUUAGAAUCAAGCCUUCAGCAGCCAGAUACAAUCCUACUGUUGAAAUGGUUUAAACAGUAAAAUGAAAACUCAAAUAAAUUAGCCAUCAACACACAAGGAAACCGGUGAAUUGCAAGAUAAAAAAAACAAUCAUGUUACACUGAUCUCAAAGGUUCAAGUUCUAUAAUACUGUACACAGAUGCAAUCUGAUGGUGGAAGCCUACUGAUUUUGUUGCCAUGGCUGCUGUAUCAUAGCAACUGAGGGGAUGAGUAUCCUGGCUCAUGGGUUGCUGUGGAAACCUCUAAGCAGGACCCUGUUGCCUUUGUUCACAUAAUGUGCAUCUUGUCGCUUCUAAGGUUUGUCACAUGCACACAGCAGAUUUCUGCAUCUUGAACUCAAGUGAUUUGAAAUCUCUGUCUGCAGAUUGGGGAAGCAGACCUGCUCGUGGCUGUUGAGAUGGUUAGAAGGUGAAUUCAACCUUGCACUUAAUCUCCUCCCUUCAACACCCCUCAUAUUGGGCAAAAAAAACACAUUAAAAUUAAGCAAAUGGAGCAUUUCUCCUUUAAGUCAAGGACCCAAAAUUGCACAAAAAUUAAAGGUGUUCAUUCCCUCAGCUGCUACAAGCAAAAUAGUAGCUUUAAAUUUAUUUUCUCUUUAGAUUUCUGCCAUAUUAGCUUGCUGUAGUGCUUGUAUGUGCUUUAGAUAAGAUGUGCUGUAUGCUACAUAUUUCAGUAUUUUACUUAUAUUGCCAUUGUUUAAUUUCUGACCUUUUAAAAAAAAUAAAGUGCUUAAAAUGGU